CUAAUAAUGAAAACAUAUAAUUGUAUCCAUAAUUAAUUGGGUAUCAUAUUUCAAAAAGUUAGCUGGUUCUUCGUCAUAAAUUUCUCCAGUUUUGUCAAAAACGAAGACCACAGCGAGCCCUAAAUCUUGUCGGGCGUUGAAUCUUACAAAUUUGCAAGUGAUUCUCGUCAUACCUGUAUCUUCUUCUUCUUCUUCGUUCUUCUUCUGGAUUUGAUUGGUGGACAAAGGUAGCUGAAUCAGCUUCAGAAUUGAAUUUGAUCUUUGUUUGAGACAAGAAGCAUUGGUGUUUGGAGCAUUUCUGAGGAGUUAUGGGAUAUCUGAAUUCUGUUUUGUCAUCUUCGAGCCAGGUUCACUCCGACGAUGGACCUGUUAGCGGUGGUGGCCUCAGUCAGAACGGGAAGUUCAGCUAUGGAUAUGCAAGCUCUCCCGGUAAAAGAUCUUCUAUGGAGGACUUCUAUGAAACUAGGAUCGACGGCGUUGAAGGGGAAAUAGUUGGUCUAUUUGGAGUCUUUGAUGGACAUGGAGGUGCACGUGCAGCUGAAUAUGUGAAGCAAAAUCUCUUCAGUAACCUGAUCAGGCAUCCAAAGUUCAUCUCUGAUACCACAGCUGCAAUAGCUGAUGCAUACAACCAAACAGACUCAGAGUUUCUUAAAUCAGAAAAUAGUCAGAACAGAGAUGCUGGUUCAACGGCGUCAACAGCCAUCUUAGUUGGUGACCGUUUACUUGUUGCAAAUGUAGGGGACUCUAGAGCUGUAAUAUGCAGAGGUGGCAAUGCUAUUGCUGUAUCCCGAGAUCACAAGCCUGAUCAAAGUGACGAGCGCCAAAGAAUUGAGGAUGCAGGAGGAUUUGUCAUGUGGGCUGGAACAUGGAGAGUUGGAGGAGUUCUUGCUGUUUCUCGUGCAUUUGGCGAUAGGUUGUUGAAGCAGUAUGUUGUUGCUGAUCCGGAGAUACAGGAGGAAAAAGUUGAUAGCUCUCUCGAGUUUCUCAUUCUUGCAAGUGAUGGUCUCUGGGACGUUGUAUCUAACGAGGAAGCCGUAGGCAUGAUCAAGGCGAUAGAAGAUCCCGAGGAAGGUGCAAAGAGACUGAUGAUGGAAGCUUACCAAAGAGGAAGUGCAGACAACAUAACUUGUGUCGUCGUACGUUUCUUUUCAGACCAAGCAGGAGGAAUAGGUUCCAGCAGCACCAAUAUCCCAAUAGAUCAUGGUAUCGUACCUGACCGAAUCUCCGGUGACUCAUCAACCUAGUUCUAACAUUGGUAACAUCCUUUUCGGGUUUCGUGAUCUCAAAACAAGUGAAUCUGGGAGAUUAUAUAUUGUUAUAAAAAGGUGAAAGGUUUUCAAGAAUAUACAAACAAAACUCUCACACGAACGUUUUUUGCUGUGUCGUGUAUCUUUUGUUGUUGUUAUACAUUUGUUACUUGGGUAUGUAGCUAUAGAGAGAAUAAAUGUAUUAGUACAAGUUCUGAUUCAUUCUACAUUGUGUCUUAAAAAUUUGUAGUUUCAUGGAUACAAUCCACCUGACUAAGAUUCAACCUUAAAAACCAGAUACUCUCUAUCUCAGUCCCAUCUUCUGACCCAACUCCCCGAGCUGCUCAACGAGCUCAGUUCCAGUAAGGAUCUCUGUGGCUCCAUAUAUAAUGUUAUUAACCAUCUCCUGUCGCUGCGAGAGCUCCUGCAAACUGCUAUAUUCAAUGUAGUUACCUCCACCAAUCAUGAAGACUAUGGCUUCUUCGAAAGGCCCCUUCACAUAGCUAUUAUCAAUAGAUCCUGACUUUGAAGCUCUCGCAUCCAGUAUGAGGUAUGAAUCGGUUUCUGGGUUUGGUUUUCCGUCAGUUAAGGCUUCAACUGUCCGUGCCACCGGCAGUUGCUGAUCACUUGAUAAGAGAUUCUUGACUCCUGGAGUGACCGCGCUUAUAGACUGACCAUAAAGCUUCUCAGCCCAGUCAACAAUGUUGCUUCUGCUUGCUGAGUCUGCCGAGGCUGCCAAAGACACAUUCAGCGACUUGAUCUUUUUUACAUAUCAGCCUCAGCUUCACGCAAUGCCGCUUCCACGGCUUCAACUUCAGACUGGUUGAUAGUUUCCAACGAGAGAAGGUACAUGAUGGCAAAUCGUAACUUGUCCAUUUGUGUACACUUCCCUUUCUAAACAGAUAGAAGCUCGCUCUUGUCUAUGCUGCUAAUAAUCUGAGCCCAG